UAGCAGCCUUCUUGGAAUCACUUGGACAUUAAAGCUAAGUGCUGCUACUCUUUUCUAUUCUCUGAUAAACAAUGUUUGAACGAUAUUGGCCUUUUGAUUACAUAGAAAAGGUCUUAGAUGUUCAGUUCAUUAAAAAUAGGAGCAGUGUUGCAUUUUGGUAUAUAUGACACAGUGGUAAUAACUUUAUUGUUUUCGUUAUGACAUUUGUAUCUCGAACCACUUAUAUCGCAAAUUAUAUUAUUAAAUUUCAAUUUUUUUUACAUUUCCGCUCGUUCAUGACCACACGUUUGGCUCCCUCUAGCGGCGAGGGCGAACACUGCACCUUCCUCCCAACCCACUGGGGACCGGACCGCGCGGGUCUCUCACUCUCCCCUUCUCUUCGCGUCAGUUUCCUCCUCAGCUCCUUCCCGAGCGGCCGGCGUCGCGGUACUGGAGCAGAUGUGAGCGUCGUUGUCCGGGACGACACGGACCCCCACGCACGAGGCUCGCCCUCCGCGCAAGGUAAGGAGAACCAGGCGGUCUUGCUAAUGUUCCAUCGGCUGAUUGCCUAGCUGAAGCCCCUCCACCCGGCAGUUGUCACCAUCAUGCCCAACCUCAUCCUCCUCCUUUAUCUCCUUCUGCUGCUCUUUAGCUCCCCCGCAGCUACAUCUAUGCUAGAGGAGGAACCCGAUUUUUAUCGAGAUGAAGCCACAGGUUACGGGCCGGUGUUUGAGGAGCAGCCGGUGGAUACCAUCUACCCCGAAGAGUCACCCGAGGACAAAAUCACCAUGAGCUGCCGGGCCCGAGCCAGUCCACCUGCCACAUACAAAUGGAUGCUGGACGGCGUAGAAAUCGACCUGGGCGCCGAACACCAACACUACAGGUUGUCGGAAGGCAACCUGGUCAUCAGUGAGCCCGUUAAAAACCAACACGAGGGGAGGUACACCUGCUUGGCCAGCAACACCUUCGGGACGGUCGUUAGCCGAGAGGCGUCGGUCCAGUUUGGAUAUUUGGACCUUUUCUCGUCGGAGGAGAGGGAGUCUGUGUAUGUUAAAGAAGGACAGGGGGCAGUUCUUCUCUGUGCUCCUCCUCCACAUCAUCCAGCUGACCUGUCCUUCCGAUGGAUCCUCAACGAGUUCCCCACUUUUAUCCUGCUGGACAAAAGGCACUUCGUCUCGCAAAUAACAGGCAACCUUUACAUCUCCAAAGUGGAGGCCUCGGACAGCGGCAACUACUCGUGCAUCGCCUCCAGCGCCUCCAUCUCCAAGAGCGUCUUCUCCAACUACAUCCCGCUGGUUCCCCUCAGCGAACGUCCAAACCGGAAGUAUCCGGCUGACCUCAACGUCAAGUUCCCCGACACCACCACUCUGGUGGGGAGCAAUAUCACUUUGGAAUGCUUUGCUUUGGGAAACCCUGUCCCGGACAUCCGCUGGAAGAAGUUGAACGGAGAGCUUCCCGCCAACCACGAGGUACGCAUGGCGGGGGCUCACCUGCAUCUGUACAACGUACGGCCGGAAGAUGGCGGCGAGUAUCAGUGCGAGGCCGUCAACUCCAAGGGAAAAGACUAUCACAGCGCACAUUUGUCUGUGGAAGCUUUUCCCGAAUGGGUGGAGCGCAUCAGCAGCGCCGAGGCAGACCUCGGCAGCGCCUACACCAUGUCCUGUUUGGCCAGCGGCAAACCCAAACCAAAUGUCCGCUGGCUGAAGAACGGAGAGCCGUUGGAUAGGGAGGUGAUGGCGUUCAGCAGCCUGACGUUUGAAGACUCCGGGAUGUACCAGUGCAUCGCUGAGAAUCCCCACGGGGUCAUCUUUGCCAACGCUGAACUGCGUGUGUUUGACUGCGCUCCCACUUUUGAACACAACCCGGUCAAGCACGUCCUCGCUCCUAGAAACGGACGAGUGGUGAUCGAGUGUCGACCCAAAGCCGCCCCCAAGCCCAAGGUCUCGUGGAGUAAGGACACCGAGCUGCUGUCCAACUCCAGCAGGAUGUUCAUCUGGGAGGACGGCAGCUUGGAGAUCCUCAACGUGACUCGCACGGACGAGGGCAGGUACACCUGCUUUGCCCAAAACGACCGGGGCAAGGCCAACAGCACAGGCUCUCUAACGGUAACAGACUCCACAAAGAUCACCUUGGCGCCCUCCAACGCUGACGUCAAAGUUGGUGAAAACGCCUGGAUGCAGUGCGCCGCGUCACACGACUCCUCCCUGGACAUCACCUUCAUCUGGUCCCUGGACGGCCGAGUCAUUGACCUGGACAAGGACGGUCAACAUUACGAACGCACCCCGAACGGAAGCUCGGACGGCGAGCUGAUGAUCAAGAAGGCUCAGUUGAAGCACGCCGGGAUUUACACCUGCACGGCGCAGACCACCGUGGACAACGUGACCUCCUCGGCAAGCUUGGUUGUCAGAGGCCCCCCCGGCGCCCCGGCGGGGUUGCGAGUGACGGACAAAAGCGACAAGAACGUAACGCUGCAGUGGAGCCGUGGAGCAGACAACCACAGCCCCAUCUCCAAAUAUACCAUCCAGUACCGGGACGCCUUCUCGCCGGCCGUGUGGAAGAACGCCACCACAUCUCCGCCGGACGUGGAAGGAAACGCAGAGACGGCCACCGUGGUGGACUUGGUGCCUUGGACCGAGUACGAGUUCAGGUUGAUCGCCACCAACACGUUGGGCGCCGGCGACCCGAGCGUCCCCUCUCGCAAAGAGAAAACCCUGCCCUCCAGUCCUGUGGUGGCGCCCUCGGAUGUGGGCGGAGGCGGCGGUACCAGCAGGGAGCUGACCAUCACGUGGACGCCCGUCCAGGAGCAGUACUACUACGGUCCGUACUUUGGCUAUAUCGUGGCCUUCAAACCUCGAGCCGGCGUCGAGUGGACGCAGGUGACAGUGUCGGACCCUCAGGCCAAGCGCUACGUGCACAAAGAUCCAUCCAUCGCUCCUGCUACCGAGUUCAUUGUGAAAAUCCAAGCGUUCAACAGCAAAGGGGAGGGACCCUACAGUCUGCCCCAGACCAUUUAUUCCGCACAAGACGUGCCCACCGACGCCCCUGCGAACAUCGACGGCAAAGCACUGUCUGCCACCGACGCCGUCGUGUGGUGGUUCCCCAUCACGCAGAGCAACAUAGACGGAUACCAGGUGAAGUAUUGGCGGAAAAAGGAGGACAGUGAAGGCGGCGCCCACAGUGUGUCGGUGUCCAGUCGGGAAAACCAUACCAGAGUGGACAACAUGAAACCCGACUCCCUUUACCUCAUCGAGAUCCGGGGAUAUAACUCCGCCGGCUACGGCCCGGCCAGCGAUCGCCUGGAAAUCCGCACCAAGAAGCCGCCUCCGGCUCAAGCCCCUCGCAUCAUCAGUAAAAAGUUCAAGAGCACGAAGAUCUCCGUCUCCUGGGAGCACGUGAAGACGCUGGCGAGCGAGUCACCGGUCAACGGUUACAAAGUUCUGUACCGACCUCAACAGGGCCAUUCCCCGGUCACGCUGUACUCGACCCCACACCGGACCAUUGAACUCCCCCUCCACGAAAACGAGACCUACGUGGUGGAGGUCCGAGCGACUUCGGAGGGCGGCGACGGGGCUGUGGCACAAAUCUUCAUCACGGGAGGAAGCGUCACGCCCGCCCGACCUCUCAGCACGCUCGGCCUGCUCCUGCUAGCCGUUCUCUGCCUGAACCUCUGAAUGUAGCGACAUCUUUGUCUUCACCUCCCACGUGAAGGACACUUUAUCACGGUUGACCACCUAGAAAGACUUUUCGGGACUCUUUCCACAAUCGUCCGGUUCCGCUCAUUCCAACUCUUCCCCUUUCCGGAAGAUUCUUGUGGGAAUGGACGGAAACGCUUGGAAGUGGGCGGUCCUUAUUUAUCCACAAGAAGCUUCUUUGGAGGAGUACGAAAGGAGUUCUGUCAACUUUUUUCAAAUAUGCCUUAUGUAAAUAUCCGCGCUUAUCUUUCACAGAUACGUCUUUCAAAAUCACAGCAGUUCUUUGACAUUUUUUUUGUUUUUUGUUUUUUUACACGAGGAAAUAAUCUGAGCUCAAUUUGUGAAGGAUAAGCGCACGUGUUUACGAGUAUCAAUAUAUUGUAUGUCUUUCUUGACCCGCACUUCAGUUUCUGUUUGGUUGUUUGUUUUCAUACUAAAAGUAAAGAAGAGCCUCGGCUAAGUGGGAUACAGUCAAAGCAAAAAAGUCAAGAUGGCCGACGUCGCCGAGACAAGACCGUAUUUUCUCAUGUAGUAGCCACGACCAGGCUUCUAUUUGGGGUGAGGCAUUUCUCGGAGGAUGGCUUUAAUGUAUAUAUUUUAAAUCAUAUUCAAAUAAUGAGACUUAAUCAUUUAAAUGUUAUUUUAUUUAUUAGAUGACAUAAAUAUAUAUAUAUAUAUAUAUAUAUUGGAAGGCAUUUAUUUGGGUUAUUGGCGCGGUUUUCAUUUAAUCAAGCGGACGACCAACCCUGUGACCAAUUGAGGAAUCAUUUCUAUUCGAUUUAAGGCUACUAUUUGAGGAAAUACGGUACUUUGAUGAAUUUUAUGCUGCCAACGUUUACAGUAACAAUUUGGGAAAAAUAUUUUCUCUUCCUAUGCGAACGGACAAAAGUAAAGUUGGUUUUUUUUUUUCAAUGUACUUUCUGUAGGUGUAUUGACCAUCUACGUUUGUCUUUCAAGUGUACUUAGGGUUGCAGAAAAUGUGGCGAUCUUUGAAAAGUCAGCAAGGAUUCAGUUAACACGAUACAUACCGCCGAAAUUUAUGAAGCGAGUACUCGGCCACGAGCGGAGGAGGCCCUCAACACGCUGCUGACGCUGCCAAACAAACUGUUUGCUGUAACACGACCAACUGAAAAAGCACAAAAGCAGAUGCUUGGAUUGGAAAGUGAAGGGGAGGACGUGAAAAGUCAUCUUCUGUCCUGGCGUGUCACUCCGAGCGACCUGAAUUUAUGACACUCGGCGCUCGGACGGCUUUGUUUUGGAUGACAGCCACUCGCUUUGCAGGCUGCGUUGUCACAUUUUAGCAGCAACUUAGACAGCGUCGACCGAGACAAUAUCUUGUAUCGUUUGUCAUUUAUUCUUGUUGUGUGUUAAUAAGUAAACUGGAUUGAAUUAUUUCUGGACACUGAAGCAUAUGCAAGACCGCUGACAUGUUCUUGUUUGUUGGCUCAAAGUUUUUUUUUUGCUUUGGCUGUAUCAUAAGAAACCCAGCAAAGGUUGGAGGUAUGUUUGUUUACGUGCAAAGUUUCCAUCAAGCAGUCCAGUACAGUUCAGUUCACCAGGGAACGUUUAGGAUGGUUAGAAUCCGACCGAUCUCUGUCAAAUCAGUUCGUGGACAACAGCGUGUACAGCGCCACCUUAUGUGAGCAACUUGUAUCGCAAUAAUUUGUUACAAACUGUAAUUUCGGCUAUAUGAUAGAAAAAAAUCGAAAUCAGUUUUUAUUUUUAAUUAUAUGUUCUCCAAUUGUUAUAAAUAAUAAUAAUUCUUGUUUUGAACGUGUGACGAAACACUGACGUCACAAGUGUGAGACUGAGUUGACUGUACGGCUGAUUAAAAGUUCAUAAAUCAUAUCAGAAAGCCUGGUAAUCCACUUAUUCAGAGUCCUAUACAUUCUAGGAUUUUUAUUUAAAAUAAAAAAAUUAAUAAAAAAGUGAACUGAACUUUGUACUGCUAAGUGGAAACAAAGUUUUCGCUUUGCCCGCAAGAGUCACCGUUUUAAUUCCCAUAACAGGACAACAUGCCUAGCUCCUACUACUACCAUUGUGUUAUUGUUAUAAAAAAAGUGUCAUUCGUCGAUUUUCAACUUUUAUUUGUACAAUUUUAACUUCCCUCAAUGCUGCGUUCGGAUGUGAUGGUGGCCGUACGUGCUUUCCGUGUUGUGACCAUCCACCGCAAAGUGCUUCUCCCAGUUUGCCCCCUUCCAUGCAAGAGAUGAGCGCAAAAAGGGUUGCCAAAUGCAUGAUUGCCUUGAAAGUUAGCAACAUAUUUUUUCUUCUCACGUUCCAAGCUGUGGCGCUUACAUUGUAACGUGCAUGAGUGAUACAUUCCAUCCUGCGUGGCGUCCCUUUAUGGCAACUGAGUGUCCCAGCGAAACGUCGUCCGUGCUUUAGUUGCCUGUCAUGAAGUUUUGGAGGCUGUUUUUUUUUUUUUUUUUCUAGAAAGAGCAUCUAAAGCUUAGCACAUGAGGGAUCAAACUGGAAUUGUUCUUUGACUGGGCAAGAAACAAUAAAAGUGUAGUUAAACUAUUGCUUGUGUCCAUCUUGAUGAUUGAGCAGCUUAAUUUGAUUCCUUGUUGAGUUUGCCAGAAAGAAAAAGGGGAAAAAAAUCUUUCCAUGUUUUCUUUUUCCUCGUCACAGUUUAUCUUUACUGCUUUUGAAUCUAUAGCAGAUUUUGUCAUAGCAAUAAAAAAUAGAAAUGA